GAAAGUCUUGACAGGCGGAAGUCCGAUAGAUCCAGACUAACUUGAUCUCUUGCACUUGAAAGAUGUCCGCGGAGAAGGAGGGAGAUACUUUGUGCUUCUUUAUCAACGGGAAAAAGGUGACGGUGAGCCAUGCGGAGCCUGAAACCACGCUGCUGUCCUUCCUCAGAGAGGAGUUGAGGUUAACUGGAACCAAGUAUGGCUGCGGCGGCGGAGGCUGCGGAGCAUGCACCGUCAUGGUGUCGCGCUACCAACCCGCCACCAAAACCAUCACACAUUACUCGGCCAACGCCUGCCUGCUGCCGCUCUGCCAGCUGCACGGAGCCGCCGUCACCACGGUGGAGGGCGUCGGCAGCACCAGGACCAGGAUCCACCCAGUACAGGAGCGCAUAGCCAAGGCUCACGGCUCCCAGUGUGGCUUCUGCUCUCCGGGGAUGGUGAUGUCCAUCUACACGCUGCUGAGGAAUCGGCCGCAGCCCGCCAUGGAUGACAUCACACACGCUCUGCAGGGUAACCUGUGUCGCUGUACUGGGUACCGACCAAUCAUUGACGGCUGCAGGACCUUCUGUCAGGAAGCUGACUGUUGCCAAGCCAACGGAGCUGGAGACUGCUGCCUCGACGGAGAGGAAACUCUGGAGGAAACCCAGCGUGAAAAGCCCGAGUUGUUUGAUAAGAGAGAGUUUCUGCCGCUGGACCCGACACAGGAACUUAUCUUCCCCCCCGAACUGAUUCUGUGGGCAGAAAGGGCGCCCCCCCAGACACUGACCUUCCGUGGGGAGAGGAUGAUGUGGGUGUCCCCCGCCUCUCUGGAGGAGCUGGUCCAGCUCAAGACCAGGAACCCUGAAGCUCCGCUGGUGAUGGGAAACACCAACAUAGGUCCAGAUAUAAAGUUCAAAGGCGUCCUGCAUCCGCUGAUCAUAUCUCCAACCAGAGUUCUGGAUCUGUUUGAAGUCACUCAGACGCCACACGGGGUGUGGGUGGGAGCGGGCUGCAGUCUCACCGAGGUUCGCUCUCUUUUGGAGAAGCUGCUUCCUCAGUUUCCGGAGGAGAAGACGGAAGUGUUCCGGGCCCUGAGCCAACAGCUGGGGAACGUGGGAAGCCUGCAGAUCCGUAACGUUGCCUCUCUUGGGGGCAACAUCAUGAGUGCGUACCCAAACUCGGACCUGAACCCCGUUUUGGCUGCUGGGAACUGCAAAGUGAGCGUCAUUUCAAACGGAGGAAAACGGGAGGUUCCUCUGAACAGAGACUUCUUUGUGAGCUUUGGAAAAACCAUCCUGAAGCCAGAGGAGAUUGUUGUGUCUGUCUUCAUUCCCUUCUCCAGAAAGGUACUUAAUAUAUUAACUUUGAACCCUGUUCUCUGGAUAAAAUUUCAGUUAGGGCUGGAUGUGAGCGAGGCUCUGCGGCUUCCCGGGGUCAUCGACGUCAUCACGGCCAAAGAUGUUCCCGGCCAGAAAGUUCGCAAAAUGUUUGGUUAUGAAGAGGUGCUGCUCGCUGAGACCGAGGUGUCGUGCGUCGGCCAGAUGAUAUGUGCGGUGGUCGCUGAUACGAGGGUGCAUGCCAGACGAGGAGCAGCCGCCGUGAAGAUUGGCUACGAAGACCUGCCGGAGCCGCUGUUCACCGUAGAGGAAGCCAGCGAGAAGUCGUCCUUCUUUGAGCCUCGGAGGAUGAUUGAGAAAGGAAAUGUGGCCGAAGCCUUUAAAACUGUGGAUCACGUUCAUCAAGGAGAGUUUCGGAUGGGCGGUCAGGAGCAUUUCUACAUGGAGACCCAGAGCAUGCUGGUAGUUCCUGUCGGCGAGGAGACGGAGUUCAACGCUUACGUCUCCACCCAGUGGCCGACGGGAACUCAGGAUGCAAUCGCGGAGGCGUUGGGCAUCCCGUCCAACAGAGUCACCUGUCACGUCAAAAGAAUAGGCGGAGCUUUCGGCGGGAAAGUCGUUAAAACGGCGACGCUGGCUUGUAUUACCGCUGUGGCUGCGUGGAAGACCAAUCGUGCGGUCCGCUGUGUCCUGGAGCGAGGAGAGGACAUGCUAAUCAGCGGAGCCCGUCACCCCGUCCUGGGAAAAUACAAAGUGGGUUUCAUGAAUGAUGGAAGGAUCAUGGCUGCAGAUAUGCAGUACUACACAAACGCUGGCAACACUGUGGAUGAAUCUCCUCUGGUGGUAGAGAAGAUUCUGCUCCACAUCGACAACGCCUACAACAUCCCCAACCUACGAGGCCGCGGCGCCGCCUGCCGUACCAACCUGCCCUCCAACACCGCCUUCAGGGGGUUCGGCGUGCCCCAGAGCAUCAUGGUCCUGGAGAACAUGCUCAACGACGUUGCCAUGGUGCUGGGACACCCCGCAGACCAGAUCCGGGAGAUCAACAUGUACCAGGGUCCGUCCGUCACCCACUAUGGGUUGGAGUUCAGCCCGGAGAACCUGCGGCGCUGCUGGGACCAGUGUAAGGGAAAGAGCGACUACGCCGCACGCCGCAGAGCCGCUGACCGCUUUAACCAGGACAACCGCUGGAAGAAGAGAGGGGUGGCCAUCGUACCCAUUAAAUACGGGAUCGCAUUCGCAGAGAGCUUCUUAAACCAGGCUGCAGCUCUGGUCCACGUCUAUAAAGACGGAUCUGUUCUGGUCUCUCACGGUGGGACGGAGAUGGGGCAGGGACUCCACACUAAAAUGCAACAGGUGGCGAGUCGGGAGCUUGGUAUCCCCCCCUCUAAGAUCUACAUCAGUGAAACCAGCACCAACACGGUUCCCAACACCUGCCCGUCGGCCGCCUCCUACGGCACAGACGCUAACGGCAUGGCGGUCCGGAAUGCCUGCCAGACUCUGUACCAGCGACUGGAGCCAAUCAGGCAGAAGAACCCCAAAGGAUCAUGGGAGAGUUGGGUCAAAGCAGCAUUUUUUGACAAAAUCAGUUUAUCAGCAACUGGAUUCUACAGAGGCCCGGACCUUUACAUGGACUGGGACAAGAUGGCUGGGCGGCCCUACGCUUACUUCACAUUCGGAGCGUGUUUCUGCGAGGUGGAGCUGGACUGCCUCACAGGAGACUACAGGGUGGUGAGGACAGACAUCGUGAUGGACAUCGGUAGGAGUGUGAACCCCUCCAUGGACAUUGGCCAGAUUGAGGGAGCGUUCCUGCAGGGUUUGGGUCUCUACACUCUGGAGGAGUUGAAGUUUUCCCCCGCCGGGCUCCUGUACACUCGCGGCCCGUCUCAGUAUAAGAUCCCCGCGGUCUGCGACGUGCCGCUUCGCUUCAACGUGUAUCUGCUGCCGGACUCCCACAACCCCCACGCCAUCUACUCCUCAAAGGGUAUUGGAGAACCCGCCCUCUUCCUGGGCAGUUCCGUGUUCUUCGCCAUCAAAGACGCCGUGGCUGCAGCCCGCUCUGAGUCCGGUUUAGUCGGCCCGUUUCCCCUGGACAGCCCCGCGACACCAGAGAGGGCCUGUCUGGCCUGUGCCUCCCCGUUCACUCAGAAGAUUCCAGCCAGCACACCGGGAUCUUUCAAACCGUGGGCCUUAAACAUGUAAAACUGAAUCAAACUAAAGCUUGACUGACUGUGAACUGAUUGUUACUAACAAUAAUGAACUUAUGAUGAACUUAUACUCUACAAUACUACAAUAUUAACUUUUCUUUACAUGUACAUUUGUAACAAACAACGAAUGAAUGAAGUGUUUAUUUUUGUGCAGGCCGCUAGAAGCACAUGCUUCAACAUAAAACAUGUAUUUCAUUGUUUUUGCUCCGGCUCUUAUCCUACAGCACCACUAUACCAUUUCAAUAAUGAAAGAAUAAAUAAAAGUUAUUGAACACGUUAAAUAAA